AUGGAAGAUCAUUUGAAAAAGCACCACGUGAGAUGUUAUGCCCACAAAUUGAACUUGAUAGUGAGAGAUGCCCUGAAGAACAGCUGUGAGCUCGUGGAACUCAUAGCAAAAGUCAAGUCAGUGGCUACCGACGCCACCAACUUGGGCAGGCAGCAGGGAAAGCUAAUUCAAGAUGUUGAGACGAGAUGGAAUUCCACCCUGCACAUGCUCAGAAGAUAUGAAGAGGAACACACUGCUGUCACCGGGGCCCUCCGGGCACUGAGCAAAACAAUAAAGUCUUUGACCGAUGAAGAAGUGGAAAGAAUCAGAGCUGCCAUCGAGGUGUUAACACCGUUUGAACUAGCCACAAAGGAAGCCUCUACAGAGAAGCACACUUCCGUAUCAAAGCUGCUCCCGAUCGUGAGACAGAUACAAGAAAAGCUGUCAGGAGAAUCUCCAUCAGCACUAAGAGAUCAGUUGCAGGCUGAACUCCGCAGACGAUUUGGCAGUCUGGAGGAUAACUUCACCCUCGGAGCAGCCACACUGCUACACCCAUGA